GUAUGGCUUUCCCAUUGUGAAUAGGAGAGUGUUCAGUUGCUGCACAGGCCCAUUGUCUGGGUAUAUAAAGGACGCAAAUCCCAUGCUUUGGAAUCCCCACUUUCUUCACCUGAGUCAAGUAUUCAUUCUACCAGCACCAGCUUAAUACUCCAUCAUGUCUGUUCAAUUCAACACCAACUCGGUCACAAAGGACAACGCCUUGUACACCAAAUUCAAGUACGAGUCGACGUUCGUGGAAAAAUCCGAAAGCGGCGCGUUUUCUGUGACGCCCACUGCCACAGACUAUGAGUUCAAGGUCGACUUGAAGACCCCAAAAACAGGCUUGAUGUUGGUGGGCCUUGGAGGCAACAAUGGAACCACGUUGGUGGGCGCCGUUUUGGCCAACAAAAACAAGCUCAGCUUCGAAAAUAAGGAGGGGACCGUGGAGGCCAAUUACUACGGGCUGGUGACGCAGUCUUCCACCAUCAAACUCGGAGUCGACGCAGAGGGCAACGACGUCUACGCACCUUUCAACUCGAUUUUGCCCUUUGUCAGCCCAAACGAUUUAGUGGUUGGCGGAUGGGACAUUUCCAAAAUGCCCUUGGAUAAGGCCAUGAAGCGCGCCAAAGUGUUGGACGUGGAUUUGCAAAGACAGUUGGCCGGAGACAUGGCCAAGGUCACGCCCUUGCCAUCCGUCUACUACCCCGAUUUCAUUGCCAUCAACCAGAAGGAAAGAGCAGACAACAUUUUCAACACCAACAGCAAGGGCGAGCCCUGCACCGAGCGCAAGUGGGACGAUGUCGAGAGAAUCCGGGCCGAUAUCAAGAAGUUCAAGCAGGACAACGACUUGGACAAGGUCAUUGUUUUGUGGACCGCCAACACCGAGAGAUACGCGGACAUCAUUCCUGGAGUCAACGACACGGCAGAAAAUUUGAUCAAGGCCGUCAAGGCCAACCAUCCCGAAGUGUCGCCUUCGACAAUCUUUGCCGUCGCCUGUAUCUUGGACCAGGUGCCAUACAUCAACGGAUCGCCGCAAAACACGUUUGUGCCUGGAGCCAUCGAGUUGGCGGAGAAACACCGCAGUUUCAUUGGUGGAGACGACUUCAAGAGUGGGCAGACCAAGAUCAAGUCUGUGUUGGCCCAGUUCCUUGUGGAUGCCGGAAUCAAACCUAUUUCCAUUGCUUCGUACAACCACUUGGGUAACAACGACGGUUACAACUUGUCGUCGCCCAAGCAGUUCCGGUCGAAGGAAAUCUCCAAGCAGUCGGUCGUCGACGAUAUGGUGGAGUCCAACGAGAUCUUGUACAACGAGAAAUCCGGCAACAAGGUCGACCACUGUAUUGUGAUCAAGUACUUGCCAGCAGUGGGCGACUCGAAGGUGGCCAUGGACGAAUACUACUCGGAGUUGAUGUUGGGUGGCCACAACAAAAUCUCCAUCCACAACGUAUGUGAGGACUCGCUUUUAGCCACGCCGUUGAUCAUCGACUUGGUGGUGAUGACCGAGUUCUUCCAGCGUGUGUCCUACCGCAAGGUGGGCACGGAAAAUUACGAGAACUUCUACUCUGUGUUGACGUUGUUGAGCUACUGGUUGAAGGCGCCUCUCUCAAAGCCAGGAUUCAAGCCUAUCAACGGCUUGAACAAACAGAGAUUGGCGAUCGAGAACUUGUUGCGUUUGUUGGUUGGAAUGCCCAUCAACAACGAGUUGAGAUUCGAAGAGAAGUUGUUGUAAGUACGGAAAUAGAGCCCCGAGUGUGGAGAGCAUUGGGCGUUUUAAUUGAAGAAGGGUAAGACAGAAGAGGCACCGGGAGUAAACACAGAUUCAACAGUGUUUGAGGCUGAGAUGAAAAUGGGUCUUUUGUAUCAUGUCGAGUCAGACACAUCACAGGCGUGGGUUCUAAAAAAAUAGGGGUUAGUAUUGCUCUGGGGCGG